AUGAUAUCGAGACUAGUGGUUUUAUUUUUGUUAUAUUGGAGGCAUAGGACACAGCCAUUAUCAACGAUACCCUACAGAUUUGUGGCAUCUUCAGCUAUGUAUCGUCCUGGAAUGCGCAUCACUGUAUCAAUUGAAGGAGUAGAUACCUUCAAGGGUUUCUUCAUUCAAGCACGUUCAGUGGAAACAAACGACUGGAUUGGGGCUUGGGAGAAGACACCCAACACGACUGUGCAUCCUGAAUGCUCGUCCGUGACACACGCGGAUCCAAGAGACAAAUCUAGGGCUACACUUGUAUGGCGUUCGCCUCAGCAUACACAUGGCAGAGUGUAUUUUACGGGAACAAUUUUAAAGAACUAUGGAACAUUUUGGUCCAACCUAAUUGCCGAUGCACCUCAAGACCCUGCCGACUUGCAAAUCAUUGGGUAA